AUGUCGCAAUCGCCGAGCUCGCCGGGGUCGGCCGUCGGAACGGCGAACCCCGAGGUGUCUAUGUCGGCUCCGAUCCCAUCACCGUCGAUGGAGCCUCCUGGCUCGACGAGCGGUUCGAUGGUGUUCUCGCCGUACCCUGGUACGCAGCCAUACUCGGCGGCGACCCCAGCGUUUACGCCGCUGGCAAGUCCCAUGACAAACCCGUCGCCGGGACCGAUGCAGUCCCACGGCUCGUCGUCGACGCCCGCCAAGCCCGUCACUGCGUUGUCCAUCGACGAAGAGCUGAGCUUGAAGCUGGGCCAGACCAUGAAGGUCCUCGACAACUGCAUGUACCUCGUGCAGAACUUCCAAGGCGACCAGAACGAUGCAAUGACGAAAGCCGUUCAAUCGUACGUGCAGCGCUUGGGUGAACUCCAUGCGUACAUCCAGAAGAACAUGCCCACAUCGCACAUGAUUCCGCGCUCCAUCAUGACGUGGCUGGACCAGCAUCCGACCGAGAACCCUGAAAAAUGGACCUAUUUGCAGCUGCAAGAGUGUGCGAAGGAAGCCGCGGCCGUGCAAGGCAAAAUCCAAGCCCUCCAGCUUCUCCGCGACGAGCUCCGCGCCGGCCUCGGCCUCGAGUAG